AUGAUACCUAAACCGGAGGACUACACUGUUGGUUGGAUUUGCGCGAUUACGACUGAAUAUGUUGCCGCUCGAGAGUUCCUCGAUAGACCGCCUCACGAAGGCCUCACAAAUUUGCCGGCGAACAACAAAAACGAGUACACCUUAGGUAGUAUUUCGGACCAUAAUGUGGUAAUCUCUGUGCUACCAAAGGGCCAAUACGGCACGGCUUCGGCGGCUCGCGUAGCAGGAGAUAUGAUGACCAGCUUUCCAAACAUUCGCAUCGGUCUUAUGGUUGGCAUCGGUGGCGGCGCACCGACCCAAAAACACGACAUUCGUCUCGGGGAUAUUGUUGUCAGCGUACCUCGUGAUGGCCAAGGCGGUGUCUUUCAGUAUGACUUCGGCAAGAUGAUACAAGACCAAUGUUUUCGUCCUACAGCGUUUCUCAAUCAGCCACCCACUGUCUUAUACGCAGCAGUGAGCGGGCUUGAAGCACAAUAUGAGAGCGAAGGGAAUCAACUCAACGAGCGUAUUGACAGCAUUCUCAAAAGGAACUCAAAACUUCUCAAGAAGUACCAACGCCCAGGUCCCGAAAGUGAUCGUCUAUACCGAAGUCAAACUGUCCAUCCAAAAGACAAUGACCUUCCUUGUGCUGCGAUUUGCGGCGAUGAUUCGUCUUGCUUGAUUUCGCGAAAUGUACGCACCGAAGAUGAUUCUAAUCCUGUUAUUCAUUAUGGUCUGAUUGGCUCGGCCAAUACAUUAAUGAAGAACGUAUUACUUCGGGACAAAUUGGCUACUGAAAAAGAAGUUUUGUGUUUUGAAAUGGAAGCGGCUGGGUUGAUAAAUGAUUUUCCAUGCAUUGUCAUCCGAGGUAUCUGUGACUAUGCCGACACGCAUAAGAAUGAUACUUGGCAAGGGUACGCCGCAAUGGUUACAGCAGCUUAUGCGAGUGAUCUUUUAUACAAAAUCGCUCCUCAAAAGAUCACCCAAGAGCCAAAAAUCAUCGAGGUUAUCGAGCAAGGGCACCGUUAUCCACCCGCCAAGGUAGAAAAUCACCAUUGGUACUUGAAUGUUCCUUUGGAUAGCGAUUUAAUCAAAGGAAUAAGAACUGGCCAAAAGCGAAACAGAGACUUGGAUCAUCCAGAGAGUUCGUCCAGCAGUUCAGAUGACGACAGAAGGAAAAAGGUUCGGGAAGAGACUCCUUACGAGGACAGCAUUUCUGAUGAAUAUGACUUCGAGCACCUCGUCGACAUACUUCAGUCCUCAAAAGGCACCGAAAGUCACCCAGACCCUGGAUUUAAUUUGCAUUGCUCCGCAGAUGAAGGUUCAAAUAGUGAAGAUCAAUCCGACGAAGUUUCGCAGGAGACUCUGCAGGGAUCAGAAGCCCGGUCAAUCUAUGAAUUCGAUAGUGAAGGAAGCGACGAGUCUUCAGAGUCUUCAAGUGAUUUUUCGCAAGGUCGUGGGCUAUAA